AUGUUCACUCCCCUUCUACUAGACAUGGCUGAGAUUAAGUUCCAAGUAUACAACAAGUGCAGUACUGGAGCCAAGAAGGCCCCUGCUACUAGGAGAUCUAAAGGACGACAUGGCUUCACCAAUAAGUGUGCAGCCUUGGUUAAGGAGCAACGUGCUCGUAUCUACAUCCUACGCCGUUGCGCCACCAUGCUUCUUUGCUGGUAUAUUCAGGGUGAUGAUUAG